CUGAAAAUUUAUAAAUACCGUAGUUCAGUUAUCACACACACAGAACUACAGAAGUUCAAUUUUUUCUCAGCCAGCGUUUCCUACUGAAUCUGAAGAAUCAUGCUGAAAGACUUGGCCGAUAUUACCACCGGAAUGAUAAAACGAUCUACGAUGUCGUUCACUUGUUCAAGCUAUAAUUCCAUGUCUACUAGCGAUCACUCGAAGAUCCCACAAGUUGAACAAUGUGAUGUUGAUGUUGAAGCCGAUGAAAGGAACUCAUGUAGCCAACUCGAGUUUUCACAAGACACGAAGAAACCAGCUGCUGCUGAACUGGAAAGAAGCGAUGACGAGGUUUUUGAAAUCACUGACAAGUUCAUGAACCUGCAAUUAUGUGCAACCAUGGUCCGUGAUAUAUACAAGAACCUCAGAGCUUCAGAGGUGCAGAAAAGGCCUUCGACGGAUUACAUGGUGAAGGUGCAGAGAGACAUUAGUAUCACGGCUCGUGCAAUUUUAGUUGAUUGGCUUGUGGAUGUUGCAGAGACAUAUAGGCUUGAUUCUGAGACACUGUACCUGACUGUUAACUAUCUGGACCGCUAUCUUUCAGGCAACACGACGGAUACAGAAACGUUCCAAUUGCUCGGGGUUGCUUGCCUGAUGAUUGCCUCAAAAUACGAGGACAUUGAUUCCCCCUCCCUGACAAUGUUCUGUGACAUAACAGAUAACACUUACACUGAGGACGAGGUUCUGCAGAUGGAGUCUAGUGUUCUGAAUUUUUUAAAGUACGAAUUGACAGUCCCGACGGUUAGAUCCUUUUUAAGCCUGUUUGUUUGUGCUGAUCAAGCAGUCACCGAGGACCAGUGGAUUGAGUUUGAGUUAGAGUGUCUGAGCAGCUACUUAGCGGAGCUAUCUCUUCUGGAUUACCGUAUGCUCUGUUAUGCUCCGUCAAUGAUUGCUGCAUCGUCAGUUUUCUUGGCCAAAUAUAUGCUUUUCCCAUCGCGGAGACCCUGGAACUCAGAAUUGCAGCAGUACACUCUUUACAAGCCUUCGGAUGUUUUGAAAUGUGUUAGAGCACUGCAUUGUCUUUGCUGCGACAGUGAGGUACGGAGUAGUUUGCCAGCAAUCCGAGUUAAAUACAGCCGACAUGAAUUCGAGUGUGUUGCGAUGAAGUUCUGCAGGCCAUGGAUACCUCAAGAAUACUUUCAGGAUUUAUGAGGCUACUCUCUCGGUUCUUGAAUAUCUGGAUUUAGUCUUAGAAUGGUGUUGUAGGCGUUGGUAGUUGAAUAUUAGUAGCAUACAUUCAAUGAAAUAAUUGUUUGAUGAUAUAAAUUUUAGAAUGAA